AUGAAGUUGAAUAAUAGAAGGAAUUAUUGGAAAGAGAGGAAGAAAAGAAAAUUAAAUUUAAAUUGGAUUUCUCAAUAGAGUAGAUCAAAUACAAAUACUUAUUCCCAUUUAAUCAGACAUUUUAAAGAGAAAUAGAAUUAGAAUAUGGUCAAUUAGGACAGACUAGAAUUUCAAUAAAAUGAUGAAACGCAUUCAGAACAUGAUAAGUUUUUGGUCUUUGAGAGCAAAAUAUUCUAAUUGCCUUUUAUUCAUAUAGAAAUUCCAGCACCGCUACUGAAGGAUGUACAGAGACCUCCGAACAUCAAACCAGAAGAUAUUGAAAAAGUCUUAAAAUAAAUAGAUAAAUUGUUUCCUAAAAGCAUCUUCCCAAUAAAGGCAAGCGCUAAGAGUUAAGAGAAAUAAUAGUAAUAGUAAUAACAAGUAAAUAAAGAAAAAGUAAGUGAUGAUGUAGAAACGCGAUAUAUAGUAUUUGAGAAACAUUAGGUUGACAAUGUAUUUUAAUUGAUCCAGAAAAGUGAGAUGGUAAAAUUGAUUGGAUUGUUCCUUCAUUUGUCGUAUUGGUUAGUGUUUGGUGUAACAUUGCCAAUUUAAAUAUAAACACUAACAAAAAAGUAAAUGUAUAUAUAGAUGAUGGAAAUCAUUGAAUCAUUUCAAUCAUUUUAUGCUCCUAAAUUGUGGAUGCAUUUAAUUAUGCCUAUGAUAUUAGUUUCAUUGAAGAUGGCUACUGAAUAUUUAUACAAAAAUCAUUACAUUAUAUUUUUUGAGAAACCGAGAACAGAAAUAAACACACCAGGUAAUAUUGCUAUGGAUAAAAUCUUUCAUUUUGCUGAUAGAUUAUUUGAUUAGAAUAAUUUAUUUUGCAGAUUCAUAUUUUUAGAGAGUAGCAAAUAAAAAAAGAUAGGUAAUGAUGCUAAAUUUAUGCAUAAAAGAAUAUUUGGUGUUUCACCUUAUUUAGAUAUCAUGAUUUAGAAUCCAUAAAACAGUAGAACUAGAGCCAUCAUAGCUAAACAAAGGGAUAUAGACAUAAGAGAUAAAAUAUUAACAAUAGGUGAGAGGAAAUUGACUCAAACAAUGCCACCCAUCUUGAGAUAACAAAGUACUAAGGAGGAGAAGGACAAAAUAGAAAUAGCGUAGAAAGCUAAAAUGUUUAGUGUUGUGUUAAGUAGAAUGCAGUAAGACUUCGAGAAAGUGUUGAAGGAGAAGGAAGUCUUAAAGCUGAAAUAGAUUCAAUGUUGA